CGUUUAUUCGUCCAAAUUGUUAGUGAUAGAAGUUAAGUGAAGUAUGGCUCCUGGAAAAAGAACUCGUAAAGGGAAGGUUGUUACCAAAACUAAGGAGGGUGAAAGGACUGAUGAAGCCGAAAAUGAGCGAGAAACUGCGAGACUGAAGAAGACGCACACUGACGACUCUGCUCCUGCUGUUUACGAUGGGGAAAUCAUCUGUGAAGUUGUCAAGUAUGAUUCUUCACCCCUUCCAAGAAGGUAUUAUGAUUUAGACACCACAGAGCCAAUCAGCUUUAGUCUAAAGUCACUGGAGGAGCUACAGUCAUGGAGUCCCACAGAUGCUGAUAAAUUUAAUGUCGCUUCAGUACCACUGGCCAGCCGUCAGCCUCCUCUCUGUAGCAGCCAACAUAGGACAUUAGUUUGCCAUGACUUCAUGGGUGGUUACGUGGAGGACAGGUUUAUCCAGGGUGCAGAGGCAGAGACUGUAUAUACCUUCUACCAUUGGCAGUACAUUGACAUAUUUGUUUACUUCAGUCAUCAUAUGGUAACUGUUCCACCUGUCUGUUGGACAAAUGCAGCACACAGACAUGGUGUUUCUAUUUUGGGAACAUUUAUCACAGAGUGGACCGAUGGAGCUACUAUAUGUGAGUCAUUUUUGGAGUCUGAGUCAUCACUGCAUUCGAUUGCCAACAAACUUGUUGAAAUUGCUCUCUAUUAUGGUUUUAAUGGAUGGCUAAUAAACAUUGAGAACCAGUUAAGUGAGACUGCUGUAAAGAACCUACCCACAUUUCUGCAAUAUCUGACAGAUCAGAUGCACCAGGCAGUUCCAGGCAGUCUUAUUCUCUGGUAUGAUAGUGUACUGGAGACAGGGAAGCUGCAAUGGCAGAAUGAGCUCAACAGUCAGAACAUGGUGUUCUUUAACUCAUGUGAUGGCAUUUUCACUAACUACAACUGGACAGAGGAACACUUGAAGCGUAUGAUAUCCCAGGCUGCUCGUCGGUUGAGUGACAUUUAUGUGGGAGUGGAUGUCUUUGCUCGUGGAGAUGUUGUUGGGGGAAAGUUUGACACACAUAAGUCUCUGAAGCUGAUUCGCCAGUAUAAUUUGUCAGCUGCUAUCUUUGCUCCAGGUUGGGUGUACGAGUGCAAUGACAAGAAGCAAUUCCGACAGACUCAGAGCAAGUUUUGGAGCAUGUUGUAUGAUUACCUCCCAACUCACAGUGUUGCUGUUCUUCCUUUUGUCACCUCUUUUUGUCAAGGAUUUGGAAAGUGUUUCUACUUAAAUGGAAAGGCACAAUCAGUGAAAAGCUGGUUCAACCUAAGUGCACAAGAGGUGCAGCCUCUGUUCUUUGACCAGUUAUUAGACAUCCCUAAUAACUGCUUACUACGGACUUGGUGCUCCCCAGAUGAUGCCUGGAAUGGAGGCAGUUCCUUAUUAAUAGAGGGUGUGAUCCCAGGCUCUCAGGAUAGUGUGAAUGUAAGACUCUUUUCCCUUCAAGUUCCUGCUCCACCAAGGAUAUUCAUCUCCUUUGUUUACAAAUUAGACCCAUCCUCAAAAGUGAAGGUUGCAGUGCAGCUUAUGACUAGCGACGCUCCCCUUUGUAACUUUAAGGAUAUCUCUUCAGUGGUUCCAGCAAAAAAAUCAGUUUCUAGCCUGAUGCCCGAAUGUUUGUCAGAAGAUGACCCCAUAGUGAAGGAAUUUACCCAAAAUUGUGGAAUGUGGAGUAAUGAGGGCUGGAUUCUAAAAUGCUAUCUUGUGGAACUGAAAGAUUGUUGGCUACAAGAUAUCUUCAUCAACAUCUCACAGGUGGGGUCAAGAAAUGAUGAAGUACGCUUUGUAAGCAGGAUCGGUGAGAUCAAGGUUUUGGAUGCUGCUCACCUGUCUGAAGUUCAUCCAUCUGUAACAAAUCUAAGCUUGCUUGAUGUGGUCUGGAGGCAAGGAGUUGGAUUUUCAGAUGGUGACACCGUCCAGCUGUAUUUUAAUGGCACCUUUUGCUGGCAGUACUCUUCAGUGGCAGCAUAUUUCAAGAUAUACUGGCGCCUUGUUCAUGGUUCUAAGUCACAGGCUCAUUCAGGGGAGGAAGUGGAAAAGUGUGCUACUCUCAUUGGUAGAGCUUAUGCCACUGUGUAUCGAGUGAUCGAGCUGCCAGUUCCAAAGGCCCAAAAUGAUGGUUCGGGUUGGAUGGAAUUUCUUGUGGAACCUGUUAGCAAAGAAGGAUUCAUUGUAGACAAGUCGAAGUGGGGAAAGCUAAGACUGAAUUACAGUAUGCCUCCCUGCAAUCUAGACAGUCAAGCAGACUGCUGAUGCUGAUGGUGCUCUCCAACCUACCCGUCCCACUGCAGUAAAUCAGGCAGCUUUUGGCAAAAACGUAUGGCACAAUGUGAAGGCAGUUUAUGACCACUGUUCUCACAAGCUAAAAACAAAAUAUGGCUAGAGCAGCAGUGGAUUUUUUUUUUUCUUCACAGCUUGAAUCCCUAGGCUUCCAUUGUCCUUAUAAGCAGUCCUGUAGGCUGCCAACUUCCACGUUCAAAAAUGUAUCUAGUGACUUGGAUAUACAUGUAUACAUGCACACAUGUAGCCUUCGGCAUGACCACCUACUUUCUCGGGUCCAUUUAGAUAAGUGUCUGCUCUCUUUCUCCACAGCUGUCAAUUUUAAGUGUCUCAUCGAUUAAUCGCCUUGAUUCACGCUUCCUUGCCAGAGAGUCGCAUUCCUAGCCCAAUAUGUAAUACUUUGAUUUUUCUUUUUAUAUACUUCUGCCAAACCUUCCAGACUGCCUUGGUAACUCCAUUCUGUGACAGCACAAUUCAACUGAAAAGUUCUGUUUAACAUGACACCCCAUACUACUGUGGCACUCUAAAUUAAUUUUCUAGGUGUCUUCAACAGAAUAUUUGAACUGCUUCUUAAGGACAGCUUCCUCACCACAUAUUUUAUGAACCAGGUUGGUUUAAUCCAAGUAUCAUCCUUUUAAACUUAAGGUGAGCCACAUCUACUUGGUUUUUCUUAUUAGUUAAAUAAAGAGUACCAUUCUGUAAAACGUCUUGCAACCAUUUUAAACCAUUUAAUCUGUAAUAUUUUUAAGUAGGUGUUCCAAAAAUUGGCACAAUCUAAGGUGGCUUCAAACAAAACAAAAACAGCUGAUGAAAGUCAACUUAAUUUUGUGUUGGUUUGUCAGCUUUAGGCCAGCAGGUGUCUCCACAGCACUGUACUGAACAAGUCUGGUGCCCAAGGUGUAAAGAAUGUGCUAGUUGCAGUUUCUCACGCAAUCAAAAAAAAAAUACUGCAGCUUAUACUGGGCUUGGAAGUAUAGAAACAAGCUGAAAGUAUAGUCCGUGUGCUUUUGCAGAAGAUUCGGUUUCACACAGUUGUACACUUGAGUCUUGGUUUAUCCUUAAUGUUUUGUUGCAGCAAUUAUCUGUAUAUGGUAGUAUUAGAAUAGGGGAAAUGAUUGUAUACUGAUCUUAAAAGAGGGUAGGAGGACUAGGUCUUUAUGGCUCAGUCAUAUUAUAAAGAAGCCACUGCCUUUUCAAUUACAGCAAAGAGAAAUAAAUCCUACUUUAAGCUUUGGAUUUGUAAAAAGUUCCUUUUUAUAUAUUGCCCUUCACACAGAGCACAAUAGCAAGAAUGCAAUAAUACAUAAGUGAAGUGGACAUUUCUUUAUACAAAUGAGCAAAACUUUGCAGCAGUGGUUUCUAGUUACAACCCACCAUCUGUAUAAAGAACACUAGGAACUAUUUUUCAAAUGGGUCCUCUGUUCUUUUAAUCAUCAGUUAUCCAUUAAUUUUUGUACUUGAGUAUCCAGUUUAGUAGUUCAGGGUACACGUGCAAAUUCACAUACUCACUUGCUAAUUGCACUGAUCUGUGUGCAUUUGGGAUGUGGGAGGAAAACUCUUAUGACCAUGAUGAAUGUGCAAACUGUACUUGGGAGGAGUCUGCCAGUAUUUCAUAACAAGAGGUUAUUGCUGUUGCACCAGAAUCUUAACUUAAAGUAAAGGUGAAAUAUGAUGUCCCUCUGGUGUUUACCUGAUCUUUUACCAAUUAUAGGAUAUUAUAAACAGACUUCUUAGAAAAAUGUAAAGGUAAAACAGAUUGGCUGUUGAGGUAUUGGAAAGGUUUAGGUUUUUCAUAUUUCAUAACUGCCAAAAGUCUAGAAAAUUGUCAUGGACCCAAUUAACUUGUGCCUCUAGGAUUUAAGAAGACAUAAAUUCUCAGACAAGACCAACAAAGACAUGAAGAGAACAUGUCAGCUCCACAGAAUCCAUGACUGGACUGUGAACUGCAUGCAAGUCUGAAGGGACAAUAUAUUGCACCAUUCAUUUUUUUUUUAUUGCGAGGAUGUUUUUCAUUCAUAUGUACUUGUAUUUCCAUAUUCAUUUUUAAAUGGAGUAUGCUUGAACCCUGAGCAUGGAGUUCAGCUACUCUCUUUGAUAAGUUAGUUGAAAAGGGUAUAGCUUUCCAUUCCAAUAUGGGUCUUCAUAAAUUUGCUGUAUUGUAUUAUAAGUGAUGCCAGAGUUCACUAAUUCUUGAAUUGUCAACUCUUUCAUUUUUAAGAGUUUUAAAGCUGCAAAGAUGUUAUUUUUAAUUGAGGUUAUUCAUAUCUGAAUAUAUCAAAGUAAUGUCAUCAAUUAAUAAUCUUGACUUGUUUGUCACAAAACAAUAAAUGUAAUAAAUCACUGUCA